GCCCUGGCUUGGUUGGACUGGCGGUUGGUUUCAGCACUGAGCUGGGCAGCUGUGUGCCCGGGCUCGGGUCUCAGCACAGCAGGACAGGACCCAGGCAGGUGCGAGGCAGGAGCGCGGCAGGUGCACUGGCCAGGCCGGGGCAGGAGAUGCGUGGGGAGCCACGCCACACUUUCCUCGAGGCCCUGUGUGCUGGUCAGCCAUGAGCUCCGACUACAGCGAGUCUGGGGACCAGGCCUCCAUGGAGCCGCCCCCGCUGGGGCUGGCCGCUGUCAUCCAGAGGUUGGAGGACACCAUCCUGAGCCCCAGAGCCAACAGGGAAGACCGGGCGCUAACCAUGCGUGGGGAAGGGCAGCAGGCCUCACCCACCCCUGUGCCUGCCCGAAUCCGUGAGAUCGUGGCUGGCAGCCUGGCCGGGGAGCCACCCCGAGGGGUGCAGGAGCUGCCUGCCGCUGUGGCCCGUGUGCAGGAGGAGAGCGACCUGCUGCAGGAGGAGCUGGCCCGUCUGGAGGGUCUGCUGGCCCAGGCGGGCGCCGAGCGGGAUGAGCUGGCGAGCAGGUGCCACGUGGUCAGUGAGCGGCUGCAGGCCCGGCUGGAGACCACUGAAGCACAGCUGCGGAGGUCGGAGCUGGAGCACAGCGUGGACUUGGAGGAGGCCCUGGGCUGCCUGGAGGCCUCAGAGCAGAGGAGCUCCAGCCUUGCCCAGGUGAACGCCCUCCUGCGAGGACAGCUGGAACACAUGCAGAAGGCCAACGACAGGCUGGCUCAGGAGCUGGCCAGGGCGACGGGCAGCGUGGUCCACCUGCAGCAGCAGCUGGAGCUGAGGGGGACGUGGCGCUGGGCCAAGACACAGGCGGCAGAGCUGUCCCUGAACAGGCCUGUGCCUGGACGGCUUCUAGCGCCCCCUGGUGCCUGGCCACCAGGACCCAGGGAGCCCCGGGACUUGCUCCUCCUAUGGAGACAGGCUGUGGCGCUGCGGGCACAGCUGGCAGAGCUUCGAGCGGCCACAGAGAGGGGUCUUGCAGACAUGCGAGCAGAUGCAGCCAGGACAGCACGGCGCCUGCAUGUGGCCUGCCUGAACCUCGACUCCAACCUGCGGCUGGCAGCUGACUGCACAGCCAGCGCCCUGGAGCAGCAGCUGGGGGAGCAGAUCCGAGAGGUGCUGCAGCUGCAGGGCCGCUGGGACGCAGAGAAGGCAGCACUGCAGGCCAGGCUGUCUGAGCAGAUGCUACUGGUGGAGGAGCUCACGGUGCAGAGCGAGCAGAAGGAGAGGACGAUUGCGUCCUUCAAGCUGGACAUCCAGAGACUGGAAUCUGGGCAGCGCAGUGGGGGCCGCCUGGAGGAGGACGCCCUGCGGGCCGAGGCCGAGUCCCUGCGGGCUGAGCUCAAGUCCCUGCGGAGCGUCCUGGCCAGCAUCAAGGAGGUGGCCCAGGCAGACACCAGGAGCCCGGAGCGACUGAGGAGCAGCACAGAAGGCGAGGAGGUGCGGGGCCAGUGGAGGAGCCCCCGCCACAGCCUGUCCCCGCCGCAGGCCUGCACCCAAGCCAGCCUGGACCCCACACUGCUGGCCGUGCAGGCAGCCAUGGGGAGGGUGCAGCAGAAAGAGCAGGAGCUGCGCCUGCAGCUAGAGUCCUCACGGGCGGUGGCUGCCGGGCUCCGUGAGCAGCUGUCCACAUGUGAGCAGGAGCUGCGGGCCUCACAGAGGCUCCUACGGGAUGGGGUGCAAGAGCACGAGGACCUCCUGGGCCAGCUGGAGGUGCAGAGGCAUGAGGCACGGCACUGCCGGACAUCCGUCGAACUCUUGGGAAGGGAGAAGGUGGCCCUGGAGAGGAAGGUGGAGGAGCUGAGAGGGGCGGCAGAGGUCCGAGACGCAGAGAGGCAGAAGCUGGAGGCAGCCAACGCUGCGCUGCACAAGAGCCUGAGGCUUCGAGCAGAGCAGAGCCAGGGACGCCUGCAGCAGCUGGAGGAGAAAGUCUCCCGGCUCAGGAGGGAGCUAGCAUCAGCCCGGGAGGCACUGAGCACAGCACAGCUGCAGAGGGACUUGGCAGAGAGGGAGCGGGAGGGCCUGCGUGGCACCCUGGCCCGGGCUGAGUCUAGCAACGCUGAACUGGAGCUGCUGGUGACGCGGCUGAAGUCGGAGGGCGUGGAGCAGCGGGACUCACUGGCCACAAUGGCCGCCCUGAUGGAAGGGCUGGCCCAGGACAAGGGCUCCCUGAACCACCUGGUGCUCCAGCAGCUAGAGCAGGAGCGGGACCAGCUGCAGGAGCAGAGGACAGCGCUGGAGCAGGAGAAGGCAGGUGCUGGGCAGGAGCUGGCACAGGUCAAGCAGCAGCUGGAGCGCGUGUGGGCUGAGCGGAGAGGCCUGCAGGAGGCCUGCGGACACCUGGAGAAGCAGCAAGAGCAGCUGGAGGGGCAGGUGGCCCAGCUCAGGCGUGAGAGGGUCCAGCUCCAGGAGCAGGUGGGCCAGGUCACAUGCAAGAAACAGGCCUUGGAAGAGCAGCUGGCACAGAGCCUGCAGGACCAGGAGGCCCAGAUGAACACUCUGCAACAAGCCCUGCAGGAGAAGGAUGCCUUGUCUGAGGAGCGGGGCCAGCUGCUGACCAAGCAGGAGGCCCUGGAGAGGCAGGGCCUGCUUGCAGCAGAGGAGACAGCUGACCUCAGGGCCCAGAGGGACUCUCUGGAGAGUGGCCUCUUUGAGGCCCAACAACUGGUGGCACAGAUGCAGGCAGAGCAGAAGCAGCUGGAGGAGGAGGCUCACAGUGCCCGCCUGGCCCGGCAGGCCCUGCAAGUGGAGAUGGAGCGGCUGAAAAGCGACUGGGAGGCACAGGAGACGAGGCUGCGGUGGGACAUGGGGAGGCUGCAGCGGCAGAUGGCUCAGCAGGAGCAGGAAGCGCAGCUGGCCCUGCAGAGCCAGGCAAUGACCCACCAGGAGGACCUAGCUCGGCUCCAGAGGGAGAAGGAGACCCUCAGUCUGAGCCUGGCAGAGGAGAAGGAGGCAGCUGCACACCAGCGGGAGCAGGAGAAGGAGCUGGUGGCAAAAUGCACAGCUGAGAGGGAGGCUCUGGUGGAGGAAAUGGAGAGCAUGAAGCAGGAGCGGGAUGAGAGCUUCCUCCAGCUAGAGCACAGGAUGCAGCAGGCCCUGUGUGUGAAGGACACAGAGAAGAGCCAGCUGCUGGAGGAGCUCUCCAGGGCCAUGCAGGAGCUGCGGCGGGCACAGCAGGGGGCCCAGGGCCAGCAGGCCCAUGCCGAGGCCACCAUCAGCACCCUGACCGAGGAACUGAGGACCCUGCAGGCCCAGUUUGAGGGCGCCAUCUCCACCCAUCAGCGAGAGGCCGCAGCUCUGAGAGAGGGCCUCCGGGAGAUGGAGGCACAGCGGAGUGACCUACGGAGAGAGGCCAAGAGGCUACAGGCCCAGCUGCUCGAGGCCCAGGAAGCGCUGGCCGGGCUGCGCCGGGAGCUUCAGGGCAGCGAGGAGAGCCGUGAGAGGCUGCGCAGGGAGGCCCUGGAAGCCCGCCAGGCGCUGAGUGCCGAGGCCUGUGAGAAGGACACACUGCAACACUCCAACACCGAGCUGCAGGCUGCCCUCCACAGAGCCAGGCAGGACAAAGCCAGUUUAAAGCGGGCCAAGGAAGAACAGGAGCAGAAGUUGCGAGCCCUGGAUGAGGUGCGGGUGGCAGCCCAGGAGGAGGCCAGCAAGCUCCAGGCCAGGCUUCAAGCACGGGCGCAGGCGCAGGGGGAGGCCUGCCGGGAGCACCACAGCCAGGUGAGGACACUGGAGGCUGAGAAUCACAGGCAGAGGAGAGAGGUGCACGCACUGCAGGCCCAGUGCUCACGGGAGGCCCAGCGGUGGCAGCAGAGCCAGCAAGAGAUACUUCAGCUGCAGAGGCAGGUGGCAGAGACUGAGGCUGCCCACAAGAGUGCCCAGAAAGAGGUCUUGGGGCUACAGCGGAAGCUGGCAGAGGCCGAAGCCACAGGCGAGGCCCGGGCAGGGCAGCUGGAGAGGCUGCUCUCUGAGAGCCGAGAAGCCGAGCACACCCUGCAGGCCGAGCUCCGCGGUGUCACCAGGAGACUGCAGCGGGCCAGCAGCCAGGCCAACAGCCUCCAGGGCCGCCUGGACACCACCUGUGGCCGGAUGCACAGCCUGGAGCAGGACCUGGCCAGGGCCAAGGCUGCUGAGCGGCAUGCAGAGGCCCAGCUAGGCCGGCUGUGCUCCGUGCUGCGCCGAGGCCUGGGACUCCAGGGUGAGAGCCCAGCAGUCUCCCCGCAGCCACCUGGCUUCCCAGAGAGAGUUCCCUCAGGCUUCGACAGCACCCAGGUCUGCCCAGAGCAGCAGGGUGGCAGCCCCGCUGCCUGGCCCCAUUCACCACUGCGGUGGCCAUCACCUGCACCUGGAGACCAUGACCCAGAAGUCAUGGACGUGGCUGCUGUGCAGGAAGCCUUGGGGGACUUUGUGCAGAAGCUUCGGGAUGCCCAGCGGGAGAGGGACGCCUGCCGGGUCCAGGUGGCCAGCCUCAGCACCCGGCUGAGCGUGGCAGAGAACGAGUGUGCCCAGGCCCAGGGUCGUGUGCAGCAGCUGCAGAGGGCACUGGUGGAGGCGGAGGAAGGCCGGCGCCAAGCAGAGGGGGCCCUGGACAGUGCCCAGGCAUCACGGGUCCUGCAGAAGGAGGCGCUCCUGAGGCUGGAGAUGGAGCACCUGGCCAGCACGCGGGUAGCAGCCCAGGACAGACGGCGGCGGCAGAUGGAGCAGGAGGUGCUGGCAGCUGAGAAGGGGCGGUUGGGCCAGUCCCUGAGCAGCCUACACCAGGAGUGGGACAGAGCCCUGCAGCAGAACCAGGGACUGCAGCAGGCCAGGCCAGGGACCCAGCAAGGUCCAGCAGGGCCAGGAAGGGAACAGCACCUGAGGACAGAGAGGACCCCUGGGAGGCCCCCCACCGCAGAAGGCAGCGAGGGGCCCAUGUGCUUGCUGCAGGCCCAGCUGCAGGCCAUGCGCGCCCUGGCAUCCCAAGAGCAGACCAACCAGCGUCAGAUGAAGGGGCUGGAGAAGCAGGUGGCCAGCCUGAAGGAGCAGCUGGACCGGGAAGUGCAGCCGCAACACCGACGUGCCCACCCCCGCCAGGCCUCCCGGGCCAGGCAGUGAACCCCGCCGGCUUGGCUGCCUGCAGCCCUGAGCAGGUGGGCCCGGGCUCCUCAGGCAGGGGUCCCAGGCUGGGAAAGCUCCAUGGUGCUGCAGAGGGGUCAAAGGCAGGAGAGGGCACAGGCACCAACCACCCGUCUCCUGGGGCAUUCUGGUCCUACAGACUGCAAAGGCCCUGCAUGGGGUCUGUGUCACUGGCUGGGCCCGCCAGGCUGCUGGGCACUCCUCUCCAACACCUGCCAUGGGGAGUGGGCUGUGGGCACCCCCUCAGCCCGCCCCUGGCCUGGUGCUGCAUUCUGCUUCAAACGUGCCAUUCUCGCCAGGCCCCGGUGGCCGGGCCCUGCCAGGCCAGCUUCCUUGGCCACAGGCUGCAUUCCCAGCCUCGCUCUGUAAACACCGGGAAGCACGUGGGAAACAUUUCCACCAACCGGAGCCAAAAACACAAUGUCCCACAAGGCCAGCCGCCACAGUCCCCGUCCAGAGGCUGCGGAACCUCCCGCGUCCAGGAACUGCCGCCUGUCACCGUGGCAGGUGGCUGGAAAUGACUCAGAUUCGAGUCCUCGUGACUCACCGGCCACAAGCGGCACUGGAGUGUGAAAUCUGAAGUUGUUCCAGAGGCUCCCUCGCUCCUGGCCUGGAGACACUGGGAAAUUCCCACGGGAAUCUGGCCCCUGCUACCACAGCGGCUAUGGCUUCCACUGGGGCCUGCCGUGGCCACGCGCUGGCAUUUCCCCAGGUUCCCUGCAGAGCUGUGCAGCGGGAUGCGUCUUCCUCUGUAUCCGCUCUCGUGUUGAAAGCAACACCUUCCCAGGACCAGGCUUCAGGAAAAGCCCCUGUGUGAGCCCAGGCCUGGGCUGCCCUGGCUGGGAGCACUGCCCCGUGCUGGGCACCGUGAGCUGCGCCUGUGCUGUCAGAGGUUGUCCUGCCUGGUCAGCCCUCAGACCUACUUGAAUGGAGUUGCCCUAUAAUAAAUCCCCAAAUCCAGUGCUGGGCUGGUGGGCAGAGAGGUCUCACGGUCUGUCAGUGCUGCCCAUCGAUCAAUGGCAGGGUAAGAAGGAUCUGAAGUGCAGCACAGCUCCAAGGAGAAGCUCCAAGCACAGGAGUCUGUGGUGGCAGGGCAUUCUGAGGCUGUGUGCCCACCCUCAGUGGCCAAGUACGGACAGCAGUAAGCCAUCAGAAGAGAGCUUGGCUGCCCCAGGGCUUGCAGGGCGGGGCAUUGGGCAGAUGUUUUCCCCCACCUGGAGGACAGCAGUACCGUCUGGGAAGUGAGGCCAGGGAGCUAAGUGAGCAAGGAGGGAGAAGGGGCUGGAUGCCUGCCAUGUGCCCCACCGUGACCUGCUCCCAGGCCUCUGUAGAAAUCAUGGCACAGCUCUGAGGGGCCUUGCAGUGAGACUCCUCUCACCAGCAAGGGCAGCCUCUCUGGUGUCUGGGGCUAGGAUGGGCCCAGGCCUGGUGCCUGCAGAAGACAGGCCCCCAGUGCCUCAUGGACACUGGAUUUCCACACAGGUUUGUGCCUAGGCCCCAUGUAUGGCCCUCAGGUGGCCUUGGGGGCCUCCGUGGCUCCGAGCCAAGUCUUCAGAGGCUGCCCGCCCCCCAGAUGUAGUCCAUGCUCAAUGUCUGCAUCCUUACACAGCUCAGGACUGGCACUGCAAAAUAAAUAAAUAAAUAAAUCACAGCGAACCAGAACAUAAAGAAGCUCAUAACCACCCCGACCCUGAGGUGGACCCCAAGCAGCCUGUCCCCUUCCCUUUGUCUGCUGUGCACGUACGUGGGACGGUUGAGGUCACAGCUUGUGCACUACUUGGAACACUACUUUUUAAAAACAA